UUCUGAUUGGUCACGUUUCCCUUAACCAUCAUGGCUCUCCUAAAGUGUAGUUUCUUUAUUAUAUAAUGUAGGGAAAUGUGGAGAUAGUAACAAGCCGCAAAAAACAGAAAAAGAGGUAGAAAGUUUUUCCAUAACCGGGAGGAGCUUCUAGCAGAAAUGAAGUUGAAUAUAGAUGGGUUACUGGUAUACUUUCCCUAUGAGUACAUAUAUCCAGAACAGUACUCCUACAUGUUGGAGCUCAAGAGGACCCUGGAUGCCAAGGGUCAUGGUGUUCUGGAGAUGCCUUCAGGAACUGGGAAAACUGUUUCUCUGCUGUCGCUCAUUGUGGCCUACCAAAGGGCAUACCCAUUAGAAGUCACCAAGUUAAUAUACUGUUCCAGAACUGUUCCUGAAAUAGAGAAGGUUGUGGAGGAGUUAAGAAAGCUAAUUGAAUACACUCAAACACAGACUGGAGAGACACUCAAUUUUUUGGCUCUGGCCCUGAGCUCCAGACGUAAUCUUUGUGUUAAUCCAGAGGUCAGUGCUUUGCGUUUUGGGAAAGAGAUAGAUGGUCGUUGUCACAGUUUGACAGCUUCCUUUGUUCGUUCCCAGAGACAGAGAGACCCAACUGUACCAAGCUGUCGGUUUUAUGAGGAAUUUGAUGCCAUUGGACGUGAGACCCCUCUUCCUCCUGGUACCUACAAUCUGGAUGACCUUAGGACUGUGGGGAGACAAAAAGGCUGGUGUCCUUAUUACCUUGCCCGACAUGCUCUGGGACAGUGCAAUGUAGUUGUGUACAGUUAUCACUACUUACUGGACCCCAAAAUAGCUGACCUUGUCUCUCGUGAACUUGCGAAGAAAUCUGUUGUUGUCUUUGAUGAAGCUCAUAAUAUUGAUAAUGUCUGUAUUGACUCUAUGAGUGUCACCAUCACACGUCGAACCCUGGAACGCAGUCAGACAAACAUUGAAACGCUCAACACUGCAAUACAAAAAAUGAAAGAUUUAGAUGAAAAGAAGCUGAAGGAGGAGUACGCUCGACUGGUGGAGGGAUUGCGAGAGGCCAGUGUUGCAAGGGAAACUGAUGUGUACCUGUCCAACCCUGUCUUACCUGAUGAAAUUCUGCAAGAGGCGGUGCCAGGAUGCAUCCGAAAUGCUCUUCAUUUCCUGGGUUUUCUGCGGCGAUUGGUGGGCUACAUCAAAUCUCGUCUACGUGCAGGCCAUGUAACACAAGAGGGUCCUGUCGCCUUCCUACGUGACCUUUUUGAGAAAGUCUGCAUUGAAAGGAAGCCAAUGCGUUUCUGUGCAGAACGGUUGCGUUCCCUCACACGCACUCUUGAGAUUGCAGACAUUACAGACCUCUCCCCCCUUGUCCUCAUAACCAACUUUGCUACCCUUGUCAGCACAUAUACUAAAGGUUUUAUGAUCAUCAUUGAACCAUUCGAGGACAGAACUCCAUCUAUAAGUAAUCCUGUGCUGCACUUUAGCUGCCUAGAUUCUUCCCUUGCUAUUAAACCUGUAUUCCAAAGGUUUCAGUCUGUCAUCAUCACUUCUGGGACCCUCUCUCCCUUGGAUAUCUACCCCAAAAUUUUGGAUUUUCGCCCUGUUACUAUGGCAACGUUUACAAUGACCUUGGCCCGCGUUUGUCUUUGUCCUAUGGUUGUGGGCCGUGGGAAUGAUCAAGUGGCAAUGAGUUCAAAGUUUGAAACAAGGGAAGAUCUCGCUGUGAUGAGGAAUUAUGGGAACCUUCUGCUUGAAAUGUCUGCUGUGGUCCCAGAUGGAAUAGUAGGAUUUUUUACCAGUUACCUAUAUAUGGAGAACAUUGUGGCUUCAUGGUAUGAACAGGGAAUAUUGGAAAACAUUCAGAGGAACAAAUUGAUCUUUAUUGAGACACAAGAUGGAGCAGAGACCAGCGUUGCCUUAGAAAAAUAUCAAGAGGCUUGUGAAAAUGGAAGAGGAGCUAUCCUGUUAUCUGUUGCACGAGGAAAAGUAUCUGAGGGCAUUGAUUUUGUGCAUCACUAUGGCCGAGCUGUAAUAAUGUUUGGGGUUCCAUAUGUAUAUACACAAAGCCGCAUACUGAAGGCUCGUCUUCAGUUCCUGCGGGAUCAGUUCCAUUUACGUGAGAAUGAUUUUUUGACAUUUGAUGCUAUGAGACAUGCAGCUCAGUGUGUAGGACGUGCUAUACGUGGUAAAACUGACUAUGGAAUAAUGCUCUUUGCUGAUAAGCGGUAUGCACGCUCUGAUAAGAGAGGAAAGCUGCCACUCUGGAUUCAAGAACAUCUUACAGACGCAAACUUAAACCUUACACUGGAUGAAAGUGUCCAUCUAGCCCGACACUUCCUUAGACAAAUGGCUCAACCAUUCCGCAGGGAGGACCAGCUGGGACUGUCUCUUCUUACUCUUGAGCAGUUGCAAUCUGAAGAGAUGCUACAGAAGAUACAAGAGAUUGCUCAUCAGGUGUGAGAGGCCACAGAAAGAGUGCUCCCACAGGCUGCUAUCGCUUUAUGCUGUAAGCAAGUGAUCUGAAAACAACCAGACAGAGAUUUCUGAUAAGAAAUUCUGUUUCUCACUGUUCACUUGAACUCCCAGAAUCUAAGAGGCUAUCUGAGCAUGCCGAGACUAUAAAGGUGGCCAUACAUGGAGAGAUCUGCUUGUUUGGCGAUGUCGCCAAACAAGUGGAUCUCUCUCUGAUAUGUGGGCAAUAUCGGGCUGAUCCGAUCAUGGGCCCAUCCUAACGAAUGGGAACAGGUGGGCGGAUCGCGGGACUGUAUCAAUGAACAGAUGCGGCUGCGAUCCGACGGUAUUUUUUGUCCCAUCCGAUCGAGAUCUGGCCGACUUUUGGCCAGAUCUCGAUCGGGGAAGCCCGUCGGGGGGGCCCCAUACACGGGCCAAUAAGAUGCCGACUCGGUCUGUCGGCAGCUUUUAUCGGCCCAUGUAUGGGCCACCUUAAAUUCAGCAACCAAACAGAUAUUCAUUGUUUACAGGCGUGCCAAUGAGUGGCAACAUACCAGAGCAGUUAUAAUCAUACAGAUUGGAGACAUAUAGCAACUUGUACUUCUUUCUGACGGUCCUUAUCCUUCUUUUUUUAUGUAUACCCAGAGUAUAUGGAAGAUGUACACUGAGUCAAAAAGGCAUCAUUAAACUGUGUGUGUUUUAACAUACCCCAAUAAAGGCUCUGUACAUUACAGAAA